AUGCUUCUGGACGCCGGACCCCAGUAUCCCGCCAUCGGGGUGACUACCUUCGGAACGUCUCGCCACCACUCCGCAGGCGAUGUGACGGACAGAGAGGUGGGCUUGGGCAUCAACCCCUUCGCCGACGGCAUGGGAGCCUUUAAAAUUAACCCCAGUACCCACGAGCUGGCCUCGGCCGGCCAGACCGCCUUCACCUCGCAGGCUCCUGGCUACGCUGCGGCGGCCGCCCUGGGCCACCACCACCACCCAACCCAUGUCAGCUCAUACUCGAGUGCCGCUUUCAACUCGACCCGGGACUUUCUGUUCCGUAACCGGGGCUUCGGCGAGGCGGCGGCCAGCGCUCAGCACAGCCUCUUCGCGUCGGCCGCGGCGGGCGGCUUUGCCGGGCCCCACGGGCACACCGACGCCGCGGGCCACCUUCUCUUCCCGGGGCUGCACGAGCAGGCUGCCGGCCAUGCUUCGCCCAAUGUGGUGAACGGGCAGAUGCGCUUGGGUUUCUCCGGGGACAUGUACGGGCGGCCUGAUCAGUACGGUCAGGUCACCAGCCCGCGCUCGGAGCACUACGCUUCCACCCAACUCCACGGCUACGGGCACAUGAACAUGAACAUGGCUGCCCACCACGGGGCGGGGGCCUUUUUUCGCUACAUGCGGCAGCCCAUCAAACAGGAACUCAUCUGUAAGUGGAUUGAGCCCGAGCAAUUGUCCAACCCCAAAAAGUCCUGCAACAAAACUUUCAGCACCAUGCACGAGUUGGUAACUCAUGUCACGGUGGAGCACGUUGGCGGCCCCGAGCAGUCCAAUCACAUCUGCUUUUGGGAAGAGUGUCCGAGAGAGGGGAAACCUUUCAAAGCCAAAUACAAACUUGUAAACCACAUCCGAGUCCACACGGGGGAAAAACCCUUCCCUUGUCCCUUUCCUGGCUGCGGGAAAGUGUUUGCCCGAUCAGAGAAUUUAAAGAUUCACAAAAGAACUCACACAGGUGAAAAACCAUUUAAGUGUGAAUUCGAAGGCUGUGACAGGCGAUUUGCAAAUAGCAGCGACCGCAAAAAGCACAUGCAUGUGCAUACUUCUGAUAAACCUUAUCUCUGCAAAAUGUGUGAUAAGUCCUACACUCAUCCGAGCUCACUCAGAAAACACAUGAAGGUCCACGAAUCCUCUUCCCAGGGAUCGCAGCCUUCUCCAGCCGCCAGUUCAGGUUACGAAUCUUCCACCCCACCCACCAUCGUAUCUCCUUCCACUGAAAACCAGACCACGAGCUCCCUUUCUCCAUCUUCUUCAGCAGUCCAUCACACGUCUGGCCACAGCACGCUCUCGUCAAAUUUUAACGAAUGGUACGUUUAAAAAACAAACCAGAAAAAAAAAAAAUACAAAAACAAAACCCUAUUUAAAAGACUCCACAAAAAUUAACGAACACUGCGAAUCAAAACAGAACCCCACACACAAGCCCCUAUAAUCUUAAUUUUUUUUUUAAAAAGCUGCCAGUAGACCCAGAAGUGCACAAAAUGAAGAAUCAAACUUAAAAAAAAAAAUUUUAAUUGUGUUUCUGGGCAAAGACUUGGUAGAUAAGGGGUAGAAGAAAGCAGGAGAGGUUGCUUGACCAAAUGUCAUCUCUGUAGGGCUGAUGACUCCAGGUCUGAGUUUGAUGGGGCUUUUAGGACAUCGG